AUCACUGGUAGAUGGAUGGAUGAAUGGAGGGAUUAAUCACUGUUUGAAUGUAUCAUGAUCACUGACAGCACUUUAAAAUACUGACUAUCAAGAUAGUUUUAAUUAAAUUAAGAAUUAAUUCAAUGCGUUCUGGCAUGUUUUUUUAAAUGGCUGAUAUUUUACUCUACCAUUUUGGAUGAAGCAAAAGCUUUCAGCAUCUUAAAAAAAAAAAAACGAAAGCCAGCUGUGUUAAAUUAGGGGUGGAAUUGGGCACAGCGGGGUGACAGAGCUUGAGGAACACACUGAUGAGCUGCAGCUUUAGUGAUUUUUAGCAUCUAAUCUCAGAACACUAAUCUCUGAUCCAUCAGUACUGUAAAGACAGACAGAUUGACGUUGAUUUUAUCUGGUUUUAUCAACAACUGCCUGGUUAUUCAUUAUGUGUGGUCCUAUAUUUACAAAAGGUCAAAGGUCACGUAGAAGGGUUGACUCUGACAUGACUGAAUCUGACAAAUUUCCUUCUUUAAUUAAAUUAGAGAACAUUAUGCAAACUGUUUUUACCGUACAGAAAUGUAUAUUGUUUUCUGUCUCUUACUGUCUAGAUGUGUGCUAUUUGAAUGCUGGAACUGUAUGUGCAAGUAGUGAUUUUAUUAGUAUUCAUCAGAGUCAUAGUCACAACUGUCAAGAAGGUCAAUAACACCAUAAAAUGCAAUAAACUCCAGGGUGUAGCUGUAUUCUUAAUCAGAAUACACAAAGGUGAUGGCACAGAAGGCUAGAAAGACAUAAAGAGCAAGAAAAGGCCAAGGAUAUGCAUUUAUCUUUUUUCGCUCAGGAAAUUAGGAGUCCACAGAUUGCAAAGCAGGUUCGGCAAUAAUGACAAUGAAAAAGAUGACAGCGGUGGUGCUGGUGAUUUGACAACCCUUUCUUCAACUGAGACGUGUUGAAUAUUAUCAAGCCCAGGAGCGACUGUGUUGUCAGGAUGUUCCGAUUCUUUAAAAGAUUGUAGAAUUUCAGUCCUCCACCAGGCAGCCUCACUGGGGAGGGAAAGACGGCAGAUCUAAAGCCUCAAGCCUGGAGAGACUUUUUUUUUAUCAGCAGGCCAUAACAUUGGAACCAUGUAGAAAUUUUUUCUGUUCAUAAGGGGUGUGGGUUAGCUUUCUAGUUCCUUUGUAAGGUUUAUUUGUUUGAUUUAUGUCUUUAUUUCUUUUUCUGAGUUGAGUUUCUGAACCAGACUGCCAAAUAAAAAUGGUUCUGCACACAUCCCCCUACCCAAGUGCCUUUCUAAGUUUUCUCAGUAACCUAUCCUGGGCCCUGGUUUUCCCCUGUUACUGGAUGCUGGACAGGCUCCUGGCCUCAUGUGUGGCCACGUCACUUGAAAAGCGAAGGCGCUCGCAGGACCCCUGCUCCUUCCUGGCCCUAGGGAUGUUAAUUUCUACACCACUGUACCUAGUACUGCUUCUGGCCUCACUACCUUUUGCUCUGCUGGGAUUCCUGGUCUGGGCACCUCUGCAGGCAUCCCGCCACCCGUAUGUCUACUCAUACCGCAAACCAGACACAAACCGGGCCGAGCAUGGAACCAUUGCAGGAUCUGGGGCAGGAAUUAGUGAAUGGCGCCCACAAGGCCGCAGUUUCUGCUUUGGCAGUGCCAAUGUGUGCCUUCUUCCAGACUCACUGGCUCGCUUCAACAACUUGGCAGACACGCAGCGGAGGGCGCGAGAGGUGGGCAAGCGCAUCCGUAAUGGUGCGAACCGACCACAGAUCAAGAUUUACAUUGAUUCUCCUACAAACACCUCAAUUAGCGCUGCAUCCUUCUGUAGCGUGGCCACGCAAGGCUUCCGACGAACAUCCUCACUAGACCAGCGCCCUGAACCACCAACAGUAAGUGACGGUGACAGUGAUCCUGUUGCAGAGUGUCCUGUGCAUUCAUCUGGUGGAACAAGUUCGGACUGCCCUGUUCAUAACACCCAAAGUGUUCCUGAAUGUCCCUUGCACUCAAAUGGGGAAGAAGUAUCUUCAGAUUGUCCAAUCCACCAACCAACAGAUAUGCAGGCAUCCAGUGAUUGUCCAGUCCACUCCACCACAGUGGUCACAAACACAGAAGAAUGUCCCUUGCAUCCAUCUGGGGUCCAAAUCAGCAUCACAUCGCCUGACCCUGAGCCUUCUGAGACCGAAGUCCGAAAUCAUCGACCCAGUGAGGGAGAUAUAGGCAGCUUGCACAGUCGCACUGCCUCCCGUGAGUCCUUGACCCGUUUCCAUGGGGGCACAGAUGGGGGAAUACCGUCCAACAAUACACUGUCACAGCACCGUACCUCUGUCUUCAAAAGGCCUAUUGGCCGCAAGCGUCGACACGGGGAUGAUGGCUUUGACCAUGAGAUCUCAGCCUUUUUUCCUGCCAAUUUGGAUUUCCUGUGCCUGCAGGAAGUGUUUGACAGACGGGCAACGGAACGGCUUUGCUGGCAGCUACACCGCUACUUCCCAUAUGUCCUAAGUGACGUGGGACGCUACGGCUGGAAGGGUUGCUGCUCAAGAUUCAAGUUCCUAAACAGUGGCCUUCUCCUGGCCAGCCGCUACCCCAUCCUGGAUGCACAUUAUGAGUGUUACCCCAAUGGCCGUGCAGAGGAUGCACUUGCUUCCAAGGGUGUUCUCUAUGCCAAGGUCCAGGUGGGCACCUCACAUCAGGAGCAGAGGAUUGUGGGAUACAUCACCUGCACCCACCUUCAUGCCAUAGAAGGCGAUGCGUCGGUGCGUUGCGAGCAGUUGGAUCUGCUCCUGCAGUGGGGCGCUGAGUUUAGGAGGGCCACGUCUCAAUCCGCAGGUCAGGAGAAAGGUAUGGAGGACCAGGUCGCCUUCGACGUCAUCCUCGGAGACCUCAACUUCGAUAACUGCUCCUCAGAGGAUAAGUUGGAGCAGCAGCACGCUAUUUUUACUCAGUACAGAGAUCCGUGUCGUCUGGGGCCUGGAGAGGACAAACCAUGGGCUUUGGGUACCCUGCUGGACACAAGUGGUUUGUAUGAUGAAGAAGUCAGCUCACCAGAGAGUCUACAAAAGGUUAUGGAAAAUGAAGAAAGCAGGAAGGAGUACUUGGUUUUCCCAGCGAGUAAGAACCAAUGUCCAAGUCAGAAGGGUCGUAAGAUCCCACUGAAGGGGAAUGGACGCAGGAUCGACUAUAUCCUGUACAGAGAGGAAGGCCUGCACGCCGACUGGAAAGUGGACAUCGAGGAGUUCAGUUUCAUCACUCAGCUGGCCGGACUGACCGAUCACCUCUCUGUGGCAGUGCGACUCGCCGUGUCUACAGGGGAGGAAGAGUCAUAAAUCCGGCUUCCUGUUACACAAUGCCACGGACUGAGGGAGAGAGAGAGAGAGAGAGAGAGAGAGAGAGAGAGAAAGCAGAACUAAAUCCUAAAACUGCAGAGUAGAGGAAAAGACAUGUGUGACGUUUUAAAUCUUGACGUACUCUUGUCAGUGACAGCAUGGAGGCACGGCGUCACACACACACACCCACACACCCACAAACGCCCACACAAACACACACAGACCCACAAACCACAGAUCGACACACUGUCCCCUGUUUAGCAUGGUGAUCUCACUCUCUCACUUCCUCUUUUGGGACUCAAGAGUGAGAGUUUACGUCCUUAUCACGCUUUAUCACACGUUCGGCUCACCUCCGCCACUUUCAUUUCUCCAUGGCCUAUGGCUUGAGGAGAAGACUUUUUUUGUGCCAUGAUUCGAGGAAGUUUUACAGGGAAGCCUGGAUUCAGAGUAUUGCAUGUCCCGAUGAUUAACACACAAACGUGUUCACUAAUGAGACAUUUCCCUUUAGCUCUCCUCAAGAACCUCAGCGAGAAGUGUCUUUCUUUUCUAACCUCUUUCUAGACCUUUCUAUGGCCGUGCGCGCUGUCUUUAUAGAGAGUUUGUACACUGAGUCACCUGAUGCGAGUAAACUCGAUUCUGAUCAUUAAGUACAGUCAGAAUAAUUAACUCUCGUAUUUCUAGCGGUUUAUUGUAGCCAAUCUUUGAAAUACAGUAGUGAUAACGUGUACAUGAGUGUGUGUGUGUGUGUGUGUGUGUGUGUGUGCAACAAGAAAGUUUUAGUGUAGAUUUAUUCUCUGGUUGAAGAUUUUUAACUGUUUGAUAAAUGCACAGCCAUGAGAAACCACCGGCCUGCAUGAUCACAAAAUCCUGAAGAUGAUUCAGAGAUUCGCGGGUUCUAGGUCUCUCACAGAUGUACUCCGUCUCACACACACACACACACACACACACACACAUUCUCAGUCUCACACACACUGUCUUUUCUUUCUUCAGUAUUGCUACAGUAAUGAUUUUCAAGUUCAAUUUGAUCAGCCAACCAAUCAAAUUUGAUCUUAUGACAACAUUCCCAACCUUUCAUUUCAUUCAACUUAGCAUAAAUACUGGUUUAACUGUGCACCAUAAAGGUUUAGCAUUAGCUAAGCUAACUAGUCAUUUAAAUGCAUUACUGAGGUAGCAUUAGCCACCUAACUAGUUAGUUUAGCUAACAUUACCCCUUCACUUGUCUAGCUAGCUAGCUAAUGUCAGACUAACAUUGUGUAGUUCAAGCCAAUGGCAAGCUAGUUAAGUUUAAGCUAAUAUAUUAUGUAAUUUAAAUCGGUAGCCAUGUUGGCUAGCGAGCUAGCUAACAAUAAAGCUAUUAUAUUGGCUAAGCUAGCUAGCAAAUGUUAGACUAACAUCAUGUAGGUUAAACAAAUGACAAGCUAGUUAACUUGAAGAUGUGAUAUUAGGUUUGCUAGCAAAUCAAGUCCAGUUUUAAAUCAAAUAUUAUUUAAUUUUAAUUAUUUUGUGUAGUAAAACCAGUAUUUUAUGCUAAGCAUUCUGAAUAUUGAAGACGUUAUACAUCAGGGUUGCAAAUGGCUAAUCAUGUGUAAUUUAAGCUCUGCCCUUGCUGAGACAGAGAUGCCUGUCAUUCGCAAAUUCAGGACCUUUUUAUGGCUCCAAGGCUUGAAGUGAGUUUGCGGUACAGCAAAAAGGCUCUUUGUUCAGGGCAAAAAGGCUUUCUGUAUCCCCUCUGAGCCGAUGACCGCACCUGUGCAAAUGUUUACACCCCCGUUACUCAACACUAUGGAGGACACCGGACUCGGGCCGAAAAUGACUACACCACAUGAACUGCUGUACUUUCUAUUCAUCCGUCACUUUGUUUGCUUUUAUAUGCUUUCUAUAUUAUUAUUAUUAUUAUUAUUAUUAUUAAGCAAUGCAGUGUUUUCCCGCAUUAGCUUAGGUGCUAAACAGUUCAACUGCGACAGAAAUUGGCAUCCUGUCUGCAUCCUUCUUAAAGUCCUAGUGUGAAAUUGCCAAAAUAUACAGAUGUUAAAUACACAGUUGGGUCUGAAAGUUUGAAUCCAUGAACAAGGACUGUUUUUAUUUCAUCAGUCACUAAAACCGAAUCAAAAAUUCAAUUCAGUUGGAAAUCACAAAAACAAAUCACAGCCAUAGUGUACUUUAGAAGAACGCUCUCAUAGUGUAUCGAUUUUAUACUGUUUUUUACAGUUUUACAAAGUCGAGGAAAAAAAGUGAAGCAAACCAAAACAUUGAGUUAACCAUUAAUUAGUUAAUAUAUUGGUAGCGCAGAGAACUGUAUACAUAUUACACAUAUACUAUACACACUGUGCAUAUCAUAUUAGGUAUACAGAUUUUCUGAUGGAAAAAAAUAGCUUCAUCACAAGUGAAAAUUUAUAUGAGUGAUUAUCAGUACACAGUAUGUGGCUAGCUCUAACCCUUCUAUAAGUAACCCUUCUUAUACCACAGCAUUUUGGCAACAGUAAGAAAUUUUCUGAAAUAAAGAACAACACUUUUUAUCCAUUUAGAGUUACAUUUAAUGUUGUGGAGCAUCCAUGGAACAAGCAAGUUCCUGUUCUUACUUACAUUAUAGUAGCUAUAAACAGUCCUUCCCUCACCAGCCUCUCUUUAUUAUUCUUUUAAUAAGCUCUUAAGAAGACAAAAAAGUAGACCCCUGAAGUAAACAGUCCUGAGUCAGAAAAGUUUAAGUUUUACAAAGUGCUGACACUGGAGACUCCUUCAUAAAUGUUAAAUAAACAUCUGUUUAUGGAAAAUUAUAACA